UCUUUCCCUGGAAUGUUUCAAUGGGGAGGAGAUAAUGGCCAUGGAGGUGUUCAAUUUUCUUUGGGAAUAGGCGUUUUUCCUAUCUCCUUUUUUGCAUCCUUUUUUAAUACCGGAGGUGUUGAUAGACGAAAUGAAGCUAAUCGUAAUCCCCAACAAGCAGAAGAACAAUUUUUGUCCAACAUGUUUAUGUACAUUGGACUUCUUAUUUUGGCAUGGCUUUUGCUUUUUUGA